AUGAGUCAUGCCAAGUUUGUUCUUCUACACGAGCCCAUUCCGGCGACAGAGGCUUCAAACUUGAUAUGUCGAGUUGUGGCUUCCAAGACGGCUCCCCUGAUGGCUGCCGCUCCAUUUCACAACAAUAAAGACGCGAAUAGCACAAUUGCCAUGGCGAUACCCAAAUGCUCAGCGCCAAUCAAGCUUACGGAUUUCAUGUCAAUAGCCAGAAACCAAGGCGUGGCAUCCCACGUAUCUCGCCUCUUGGACUAUCAAGGAAUGCACAUGGAAGAGCAAGCCAUCCUUUUGGAGUGUCGCUUGGUAAAACGCUAUAUCCUACCCGAUCCUGACACCACGUUUCAUACGCUGAUGAAAUGCGACGACUACUCUCGAGACGUAAGAACCCUACUAGAGCAAUGCAUGGCUCGCCAGGGUUACUUUGUCACGGGCUUCCUCACCGCAACAGACGACUCGUGGCUGAUCGAGGCCAGCCAGCGCGAGCUGCAGCAUUUCAACAUUAGCCUGCCCUACUCGGACUCGUCCAACAUGCCCGUCCCCUUUCUCUACCACGACUUCCUCGGCCCGGAGCUGGCCCUCUUUUCCCAGCCCUGCGAGCAGCCGCCGAGCUUUGCCAACGAGCAGAUAUUCGCCGCGUCCUACAAAGUCGCCAAGCUUUCCCAGCAGGCCCUGUCGUCGCCCAUGUCGUCGCCCGUAUCGGCGCAGCUCUCUCCGCCGCCGCCGCCGCCGCCGCCGCCGGGGGCCACGCCGCCUGCCCCUCGUCGGCCGAAACGGAGCAAUGGCUAUCACCUUGCCCCUCGCCGCCCGGAAGAGACGUGGACCACACCGAGCAGUAGCGCGAGCAGCCCAGAGGUGAUGCCCUACUAUGAGAACGGCGGCGGCGGCGUAAAGCUCGACGAUGAUGAUGCUCUGGCAGCGCACAUGGAAGAAUCGGCCUUUAUUAUCGUGUGA